UAACGGAUUCGCUCUCGCAUUUGCAGUAGUUAGAUUAAAAAAAUGGCGUACAAAGCCAUCGAUUCCAUCACGACGCGCGACGUUGAAGCUCUUGGAGUCGCCGGCGAUGUCGCCGAGAAGCUUCUCGGAGAUCUCAAGGAAGUUAUCCGUAAUUACGGAACCGCCACGCCGGAGACGUGGACGGAGAUUUCCCGGCGGAUCCUCGACCCUAAUCUCCCCUUCUCCUUCCAUCAGAUGAUGUAUUAUGGCUGCUACAAGGACUUCGGACCCGACCCGCCCGCUUGGAUACCCGACCCGAAGCUUGCUCUGUUAACAAAUGUAGGCCGGUUACUAGAAAGGCGCGGAAAAGAGUUCUUGGGUUCAAAGUACAGGAAUCCGGUUUCGAGCUUCUCAGAUUUUCAGGAGUUCUCUGUAUCAAACACUGAGGUGUAUUGGAAAGCUGUUUUGGAUGAGUUGAACAUGUCGUUUUCAGUACCUCCUCAAUGCAUUUUAGACAAGAACACAUCUGGUGAUAACCCAGGUGGUGUUUGGCUUCCUGGAGCUUACUUCAAUCCUGCAAGAAAUUGCUUGUCUGAGAAUUCCAAGAGAAGGUUAGGUGACAUUGUGAUAAGAUGGCGUGAUGAGGGGAGUGAUCAUCUCCCGGUGAAUACCAUGACACUUCGGGAAUUGCGAGCUCAGGCCUGGUUGGCUGCACAUGCUCUUAAUGCCUUGAAUUUGGAGAAAGAGUCGGCAAUUGCAGUUGAUAUGCCGAUGAAUGUCCACUCAGUGAUCAUCUACCUUGCCAUUGUCUUAUCAGGACAUGUAGUUGUUUCCAUAGCUGAUAGUUUCUCUCCACGCGAAAUAUCAACCCGGCUUAAAAUUUCAAAUGCCAAAGCCAUAUUUACUCAGGAUAUGAUCAUCCGUGGAGACAAAAGCAUUCCUCUUUAUAGAAGAGUCGUUGAUGCAGAAGCACCCAUUGCAAUCGUUAUUCCAGCAAGAGGGUCCAGCUUCAGCAUGAAUCUGCGCAAGAAUGAUUUAUCUUGGGACAAUUUUUUGGGAAAGGCGAGAAAUUUCAGAGAUGUGGAAUUUAUUGCUGUGGAGAAACCAGCGGGAGCCUGCACAAACAUCCUUUUCUCAUCAGGAACAACAGGAGAACCAAAGGCCAUUGUAUGGACAAACAACGCUCCAUUGAAAUCGGCAGCAGACGCAUGGUGCCACAUGGAUGUUCAGAGAAGUGAUGUGGUUGCUUGGCCAACGAACCUUGGUUGGAUGAUGGGUCCAUGGCUCGUCUAUGCUUCAUUGAUGAAUGGGGCUUGCAUGGCAUUGUACAAUGGAUCUCCUCUUGGUUCGGGCUUUGCCAAGUUUGUACAGGAUGCUGAGGUGACUAUACUGGGAGUAAUACCGAGUCUUGUUAGGACAUGGAAAAACUCAAAUUGUACUUCUGGAUAUGAUUGGUCUAGAAUCCGUUGCUUUGGAUCCACCGGAGAAGCAUCCAAUGUGGACGAGAACCUUUGGCUGAUGGGCAGAGCUCAUUACAAACCCGUGAUAGAGUACUGCGGUGGAACUGAGAUUGGAGGCGGGUUUGUCUCGGGAUCUUUGCUUCAGCCUCAGUCCCUGUCUGCUUUUAGUACAGCUGCCAUGGGUUGCGAGCUAUUCAUCCUAAAUGAAGAUGGCUAUCCUCUUCCUCCAAACAUGCUGGGAAUUGGCGAACUUGCUCUUGGUCCUCACAUGUUUGGAUCGUCGAGCAAACUUCUGAAUGCCAAUCACUAUGACAUUUAUUUCAAAGGAAUGCCCACAUUGCAUGGAAAGAUUUUACGUAGACACGGGGAUGUAUUUGAACGAACUUCCAGAGGAUACUACCGUGCUCAUGGCCGGGCUGAUGACACAAUGAAUCUUGGUGGCAUAAAGGUGAGUUCGGUUGAGAUCGAACGGGUCUGUAACCAUGUGGAUGACAAAAUCUUGGAGACAGCCGCCAUCGGAGUACCCCCGCCAGAGGGUGGUCCGGAGCAGUUGGUAAUAGCUGUUGUGUUCAAGAACCCAGUGCAUGAUAAUGAUCUGAACCACUUGAAGAAGUCCUUUAAUUCGGAGCUACAGAAGAAACUGAACCCGUUGUUCAAGGUAUCAGACGUGGUAUCACUGCCAUAUCUACCGAGGACGGCGACCAACAAGGUUAUGAGAAGGGUUUUGCGCCAACGUCUCGCCGGUCCGGACCGACACUCCAAGCUGUGAUGAGGCAAUAUUCGUCACGUACUCGAUCGUUAAUCUCGAAAUUUGAGAUUUGGGCAAAACGUAAUUGUUGUACAAAUGGAAUGAAUGAAUGAUGAAUGCUGGAUUGGCGUGAAUAAAUAGUUCUAUCGGCGUCGUCGCUUUUUAGCUUGUACA